GGCGACAUGGAGAGGAAGUGAAGUCGAGAGCGGUGUGAAGCCACCAGUGAAAGUUGGUUACAUCAGCACUCUGGGAGACGCCGCUGGUGACGUCCCGUGGAGCCAGAGAUCAAAGGUGAGGAGGCUGUUUUUCCACCUCUGGAACUGGAGAUUGCUUUGAAUAAGUUUCUGAGUCAUGAUGCAAGAAUCUGGGACGGAGGUGACGAGCAACGGACCGGCCAAUCAGAAUGGAGGAGCCAGCGUGGAGACGGCGUCCAGGGAGGGAAGACCCAAGAGCGCCACCCCGUCGGUGGACGUGACGGCCGUGGACCUCCUGCACCUGCAGCAGCAGCAGGCCCUCCAAGUGGCCCGGCAGAUUCUCCUCCAGCAGCAGCAGCAGCAUCAUCACCAGCAGCAGCAGCAGCAGCAGCAGCAGCAGCAGCAGCAGCAGCAGCAGCAGCAGCAGCAGCAGCAGCAGCAGCAGCAGCAGCAGCAGCAGCAGCAGCAGCAGCUGCAGCCUCAUCAAAACACUGGCCGCAAAUCCCCCAAAGCCAACGACAAGCAGCAGAGCCUACAGGCUCCAGUGUCAGUGGCUAUGAUGACACCUCAAGUGAUAACUCCACAGCAAAUGCAGCAGAUUCUCCAGCAGCAGGUCCUGAGCCCUCAGCAGCUCCAGGUUCUCCUCCAGCAGCAGCAGGCCCUCAUGUUGCAGCAGCAGCAACUUCAAGAGUUUUACAAAAAGCAGCAGGAACAGCUCCACCUUCAGCUUCUCCAGCAGCAGCAGCAGCAGCAACAUGCAGGCAGCAAGCAGAGUAAAGAGCAACAGGUGUCGGCGCAGCAGUUGGCCUUCCAGCAGCAGCUCCUGCAGGUCCAGCAGGUCCAGCAGCAACACCUGCUCAACCUUCAGAGGCAAGGCCUGCUCACCAUCCAGCCGGGACAGACGGGGCUGCCGCUGCACUCGCUGGCUCAGGGCAUGAUUCCAGCAGAGCUGCAACAACUGUGGAAAGAGGUGACGACCGCGCACGUGAAGGAGGAGCACAACAGCAACAACGGCCACCGGGGCCUGGACCUGUCCUCCCCGGCCCCGCCCAAGAACCCCCUCCUCAACCAGCACGCCUCGUCCAACGGCCAGUACAUGAGUCACAAGAGGGAAGGACUGACGCUGGACGAGCCCUCCCACCACACUCACCCUCUCUACGGCCACGGCGUCUGCAAAUGGCCGGGAUGUGAGGCGGUUUUUGAUGAUUUCCACUCAUUCCUCAAGCAUCUCAACAACGAGCACGCCCUGGAUGACAGGAGCACGGCCCAGUGUCGGGUGCAGAUGCAGGUCGUGCAACAGCUGGAGCUGCAGCUAGCGAAAGACAAAGAGCGUCUGCAAGCGAUGAUGACGCAUCUUCAUGUCAAGUCCACGGAGCCCAAAGCCACCCCGCAGCCGCUUAACCUUGUGUCCAACGUCACGCUGUCCAAAUCGGCCCCCGAGGCGUCUCCCCCGCUGAGCCUCCCGCAGACGCCCACCACGCCCACGGCGCCGCUCACGCCGCUGUCCCAGACCCACUCCGUCAUCACGGCCAACAGCCUCCACAGCGUGGGUCCCAUGCGGCGGCGCUACUCGGAAAAGUACAACAUGCCCAUCUCUCCUGAUAUCAGUCAGAACAAAGAGUUUUACAUGAACGCAGAUGUCCGGCCGCCGUUCACGUACGCGUCACUAAUACGACAGGCGAUCCUCGAGUCUCCGGAAAAGCAGCUAACACUAAACGAAAUCUACAACUGGUUCACACGAAUGUUUGCAUAUUUCAGGCGCAACGCAGCCACGUGGAAGAAUGCAGUCCGGCAUAAUCUUAGUCUUCACAAGUGUUUUGUGCGAGUAGAAAACGUAAAGGGGGCUGUGUGGACAGUCGACGAAAUAGAGUUCCAAAAGAGACGGCCUCAAAAGAUCAGCGGGAGUCCGGCCUUAGUGAAGAACAUCCAGACCAGCCUGGGCUACGGUCCCACCCUCUCUGCCGCCUUCCAGGCUUCGAUGGCAGAAAACAACAUACCUCUAUACACUACUGCUUCCAUUGGAAGUCCUACCCUCAGCUCCCUGGCCCACGCCAUCCGCGAGGAGAUGAAUGGAGCGAUGGACCAUGGAAACAGCAACGGGAGUGACAGCAGCCCGGGACGAUCGCCCCUGCCAGCUAUGCAUCACAUCAGCGUUAAGGAGGAGCCGCUGGACCCCGAGGACCACGACGGGCCGCUCUCCCUGGUAACAACUGCCAAUCACAGUCCGGAUUUCGAUCAUCACAGAGAUUACGAUGACGACCACGUCCAUGACGACAUGCUGUAAGGCCCCGCCCCCCCCCCCCGCCCCGCCGGGGGCCCGGAGCCCCUGCAGAUGACACUGACCUGCAGCCGCAGCUCUCAGCGGCCCCGGGUCGACUUUUUAGUGCCAUUACAAAACAUAGCGCGAACACACGAGAACACAGAUGCGCCCCCCGCGUCGGGGGCCCUUUUUUUAAACGACCUUUUUAGUUUUGAUUUAAGCCACACUUAAAAAAAAGAAACUUCAUGAGCUGGACGGAUCCGUUUGGUACCAGGGCGACGCGUCGUGGCCCCUGGGAGCCCCCUCGCCGCGCAGCCACGACGGACUGAGCGAGGGCUCGCCUCCUCCCCUCCGCCCCCCCCCACUCUCUCUGACACACGUCUCAACUGAAGAAAGACAGACAGAACCUCCACGGCGUGUGCGAGAGCGGACUUGUGUUGGCCGUCACUGCCUUCAACACUUCUCAUUGGUUUGAUUCCACCAGGGCGGGAGGGAUGUUUAUCUUCUGGGUGUUUUUUUGAUGUUUGUGGGGGUUAAAUGUUAUAAAGUAUCAACAUGAUGUGUCCUCUCCAUCAUUCAGUGCUGUUUCAGAUGUUGCAUAUUUUUAUUAAUUACUUCCUGAACUGAUCAGACCUCAUGCCCGUGUGGAGACUGUACGCUCUCGAUGAUGAAUGUCUAGGGUUUCCUUUCAUGCUGUUUUUAAACACACACACUCACAAAAAGCAGAAUGUCAGACACCAAAUAGUAUUUUUUUUCUGUCAUUUAUUCCACUAUCUUCCCCCCAAAAAGAAAAAGAAAUCACCUCCUCUUACACCCGCCCCCCCCCUUUCCUCAUGAAGUCCAUUGGCAAUGCACUACUCGUAAUGAAGGCUCUCUCCACGCAUCAAUGAAGUUUAAUUUAAGAUGCGAAUGAAUGACAGAGAAAUCAUGCAGGUUAUGAUUUAUCCUUAUGAAAUGAUUCUUUAAAGCAGCCGCUCACGGCAGAGCACGCUGAGCUGCAACACAAUUUCUGAUCACUUACAAGCUCUGGCUUUUUUAAAGCAAAAUGAAAAUGUCAGGUGCGCGGCGGCGAGAUAAUGAUUUAGACCAACUAAUUGUGAUUCCCGAACACAACUGUCAUCGUUAAUCAAACGUGUCUGCUUCUCCACGCUGUAAUUCCAUUCAGCGCUCGAAAGACAGACCUGCAUUCCCAGUAGUUUAUUUACCGGCGCAUCUCACGCAUGACUAGGUUGAAGUUUUGAGUGUUAAUAAUUGCGCGCCAGAUAAAAGGCUUAUUGCCUUCGCCGAGGGAACAAUCCCGGGACCUGCAGCCAGACCGAGACAUUGCACAUUCCAGCAUCUGACAGCCCGGCGCGAACGGGCCCGAACACACCACUCGUACACGCGUGCAGCACAUGUGGAUCCCGUCACGUUCAGGGAAGGAGGCGGCUGUAGCGGUGCGUGGCGUGGAGCGCUAGCCCGGUCUGGCGCCGCCUCACAGCUGCGGCAGGUAAAUUUCCAAGAAUUUCAAGACUGCAAUCAACCACUUUUUUUUUUUUUUUUUUUUUUUUUGUUUAAUUUAUUCAUAGUUUUAUUCUUAUUUUGUGUUUUAUUAGGCAUUCUCGGCUGUCGCUGUGUUUUAUUAUCUUGUUCUGUGACUACCAAAGAUAAACUACAAAUCAAUGUUGUGUGUUUCAUGCAAUCGCAGAUGAGGCCAAAUAUCUCCUCAAAUGUCGGCAGCAAUGGUCGAGACUGAAUCGAAGGAAAACGCUCGUCACAAACUGGUGUUUCUGUUGUUCGCUUGCUUUCUGUUUUGUUUGUUUUUCUAAAAACCAAAGGGGGGGUUUUGGGGGAGGGGGAGGGGGGGCUGCAGUCAUGCUUCGCUGUGACCAAAACUGAUCAGGAGGAGGUGACAGGCUCACGAGACGACGACCAAAUCAGAGAAACCUUUGACUUCGGGCCAGUGAGUGCAAAGGGGGAGGGGGGUGUUUGUGCUCCUGCAGGAUCUUCGUGUGCCACUUAAAGGGUUUGUAGAUAAACGCUGAAGAGGAAAGUCUAGUGAUAAGUUGAAAAGUCUUUGCAGAGAAAAAAAUGUGAAACGGAUCCUGUGCUUCAGCUGGACCGCACCACGGUCCACACGGUUUAUUUCUCUCUUUGUAUCCUUUGAAAUGAUUGUACGCCACUUUUUGGGGGGUUUUUAGUUUUUGUCGAGAUUGGCAAGUCUUUAUGAUUGUGUUUAGUUUCUGUCAACUUAUUACUUUUUAUAUUAAAAAAACACUCCUGUCAACAAAUAAGCUGAGUACAAGGUACUUUUGUGGCAGUUAUUGUUUUCCACAUUUGCUUAAGAUCCACCGCUGAUUUAAGUCGACGGGGAAAAAGGGGGUCGAGCUGUGGUUUCUAGAUGUGUUUGAGACCCGGGCAGCUGCGGGAUGGGUCAGCUGCAGCCGGGCCGGGAUCGUGAGAACGGGCCGAGCUCCUCCACAAACUCAUCUGGCUACUUGGGGAUUCAUGAAGGAGGGAAGGCAGCGCUAAACGCGGCCGCCCCUCCGCACGUGCGGCUCCGCUUUGCUAAAGAUAACAGCGUGAGAAAGCCGCUGGCACACAAACCUCGGCCCAGACCUGCGGGGACGUGCUCGCCAAAAAGAGGAAAAUCCACGUCGCCGUCAGUCCUACGUCUUGCAUGUGUAGUCUGAUACUGUAGAGUGAAAAAAAAAGAGACAUUUAACGUGUUAAUCUGAAGGGUCUCAUCAUUUCUUGCCAACCAAUCCAAACUCAGGCUCUCUGUUCACGGAGGUUUGGCCGAGCCGCGCGUCUGUCUGAUGUAGCGAUGGCUAGUUUCACGUCCCACCAUUCGGUUGUACAUACAUGUCAGCGUAGCCCCCGUGCUCUCCCGUCUCCCUCUCCCUCCCAGAUCAAAACAGCCCCUUGUGUUGUGAUGUUUGCUUUACCGCAGCUGCUCCGUACCAACUCUGAACGUCUCUGGUGAACCCGCCGUAUGAACUGGAACAGAACGCUGCUGCAAAUGUGUUUCCCUUAAUGAGCAUCGCUUUCCAACACAAUGAAAAGAGGAGAGGGGUCACAGCAU